UUUAUCUUCAUCAUCUUAUACUUUUUGAAACCUAUUUUAAGAAGAUCAUCAUCAUACACCACCUUGAUCAACGUACUUAGUUAUCAAUUGUAUGGCACCACCACCUCCGUCGCCACCACCUGUUUCGUUGAAGGUAUUACUCCUUCUUCUAAGGGUUCUAACAGGUGUGUUCCUUGUUAUAGCGCUCAUCAUCCUCAGCACCAACAGUGUCACCAUUGUAUCUCAAGGAAGCGCAGUGAAAUUUCAUUUCAAAGAUGUUUAUGCCUAUAGAUACAUGCUUUCAGCUGCGGCCAUUGGACUAGUUUACGCAGUCGUACAACUGUUCUUCACAAUCUCCGAAUUUGCCACAGGAAUCAAAAACCCUUUUAAUUAUCAACUCGAUUUUUACGGUGACAAGGUAACAUCAUAUCUAGUGGCGACGGGCUCAGCGGCUGGAUUUGGAGUGAGCAAAGAUUUGAAAGACACAUUUCUAGCAUUAGUCGCAUUGGAUUCGACUGAUCCUGUAGACACUUUCUUCAACAGAGGAUACGCAUCGGCCAGUCUCCUUCUCUUUUCUUUCAUAUGUCUCGCUGUUUUAUCUGUUUUCUCAUCCUUCGCCAUUGCCAAACAUAUUUCUUAAUUUUAUUAAUUCUUAUAUCAUUCUAGAACUAGUAAUUAUAAUUCAAUAUUAUUUGAUCAGAUAUAUAUAGCUUUGCUCCCA